CUGUUUGGUAAAUGCAUCUACACAGCCGCGUCUUGUUCUUUCUCACAAAACUUUGUCUGCUUUGGGCAAAUCCCUGCCGCUUCCCGCGCUGUCGUGCCCCACGGCACGGUCAGGAUCGUACCUGAUGCCUCUUAAAGCUGCCGCCUGUACAGGCUUUCUCGAAAUCCCGUUUCAGCCGUCAGCCCUUGCGCGACCGUAUCACGUAACGACGCGUGCAUCAUCAAAACUGGCACCUUUUGGAAGUAUUUGCACUCGAUAGCCGAUAAAUUGCCAGGUGUGGGAGUUUUUAAAACCUUGUAUCCCUUUCUCUUCCAGGGUUUUCCUGCAGGUGAAAAUCCGAGUGUCAUGACUUCACCUAUUUUCCUUUGAUUCGCUCUUCCCUGGGCCGGAGGGAGAGAUGGCUGCAGAGGCCAAGUACAGCAUUGCUCGAGAAGUGGGCCGAGGGAGCUACGGGGUGGUUUAUGAGGCGGUUGUUAAUCAAACUGGAAAGAAAGUGGCAGUGAAAAGGAUGCACUGUAACGUGCCUGAAAACGUAGAGUUGGCUUUGCAAGAGUUCUGGGCCCUGCAGAGCAUCCAGAGGCAACACGAAAACGUGAUCCAGCUGGAGGAGUGCAUUCUGCAGAAUGGCCAAGCCUUUCAGCCAAUUAGUCAUCGUUACAGGAAAUCAGACAGUCAUUUGCUGCUAAUUGAGACCUGUCUGAAAGGGCGGAGGUGCAUGGAUCCAAAAUCCGCCUGCUUUCUGUGGUUUGUGAUGGAGUUUUGUGACGGUGGAAACAUGAAUGAAUACCUGCUGUCUCGCAGCCCAGAUGCCCGGCUGAAUAACAGCUUCAUGCGGCAGCUGAGCAGUGCUGUGGCUUUCCUGCACAGAAACCAGAUCGUGCACAGAGACCUCAAGUCAGACAAUAUUUUGAUCUCUCACAGCUGUGGAAGUCCCGUAGUAAAGGUAGCAGAUUUUGGCCUCAGCAAGGUGUGUCAGGGGAAAGGGAACGUGAACCAGCAUCGCUUCUCCUCUGCAUGCGGGUCAAACUUCUACAUGGCUCCAGAAGUGUGGGAAGGUCACUACACUGCUAAGGCUGAUAUAUUUGCCCUUGGGAUCAUCUUCUGGGCUAUGGUUGAGAGGAUCACCUUCCGGGACGGGGAUACUGAGAAGGAAUUGCUUGGAACUUACAUCUGCCAAGGGAAGGAGCUUAUUCCCCUUGGAGAAGCGUUGCUGGAGAAUCCAAACAUGAAAUUACAAAUUCCUCUGAAGAACAAGAAGUCCAUGCCGGAUGAUCUCUGCAAGCUCCUGCGCGAUAUGUUAGCUUUUAACCCAAAGGAAAGAUUGGAUGCCUUCCAGCUAGAAGUGCGAAUCCGGCAAAUCUCCUAUGGCAGAAAGCGUCAACGCUCUGUCUCAUAGAAACAAAAGAUGUCCAGGUAUUGUGUUCUGCUGUGGUCUGGAUACCUCAGAGAUGGCAAAAACAACUUUAAAUUCCUUUGGAAUGAGUGGAUUGGCCAGAAAAGACGGACUUGGGAGUCUUGCCUGCUUCCAGUUUUCCCAAACGGUUGUAUUUAAACAGACAUUAACUUAUUUAUUUGUACAGUAAUUUUAAGAGGAGAACUACAAAAUUUUAUUUUUAUGCAAAACUUUGGUGUUUUAAUAUUUGCGUUGUUUUAUGCAGUGAGUAGCAUAGGUGAAGAUGUGGCUGAAGUGACCUUGACUGUCGGGCCGUACUUGGUGCGGUCAUAGAGGAAUUCCUAAACUUGCUUUCUUUUAAGUAACCCUUAUGCAUCCUUUUUCUGACAUUUUGUGACUGCCCUUUCGAAGGACCGCAAAGAAAUACGCUGAGACUGUCUGGGGAUUGGCUUCUCCGACCCGCUGGGUGUUGGCUGGGCUCUUCAGUCUUGGCUUUUCACUGAUAAUGCCAUGUCGCUUGUCCUUGGCACAGAAGAUAGAAGUUGUCUUUACAAGAUUUUAAUUAGAGCUUUUUUGUAUAAUGCUUCACUCCGUGGUGCUUGGCCACGUAACUAAGUGAUGUCUGCUGAAUGAGCUGGCAAAGUGUUCAGUAUCUAUUCUGAAAAGUUUUAGCAGAAACAAAAAUGUAUUUUCUUCACAGUAGCUUUUGAAUAUUCUUGCUUACAUUAACUAAAAUGCUUUCUUAAAAUAAGUACAAAGAAUGUUAAAGAUGCCAACUCUUGAUUAGAACGUAUGCGUCACUAACACUUAAAGUAGUUUAAGGAAUCAUGCUUCCUGCUGUGUUAGCUGCUUGUGCCAGCUGUUCUUGCAAGGGAAACGCAAAGGACUGAACUGGAAUCUUGGCAGGUAAAUGGGGAGCCUAAUUUGCACCCUGUUCGACAAAUGUUUUCAUGUGGCUGUAAACUCGUGCUGAUCUAAACUUUUCUUAAAGAGCGGGAGGCUCCUGGAAGAUCUCUGCUACGCUCUUUUCUUGUGCAGAGGUGAAAUAGUGUCCUUUGGGGACAGUUUCCUUUGCUCAGAAAGGAAUAAAUUGCCCAACGAAAGAUAACCUAGGGAGCCCCUCUGCACUACCUGUGCCACGUGGACCUUGGCUAACAGAAAUACAGAAAGCUUUUCUCUCUUUUUUUCCUUCCUGUUCUCUCCACUAAGAUUGUGACUGCAGUAUAGAAGACUGUAUUUUAAGCAGCAUGUCAUAAGCUAAAUUCAUGGAAAGGAUCUUUGUUACUGCAAUGUCUUUAUCCGUAGAUGCCACUGGCUUUUCCAGGGAAAGGGGAACCCCUCACCUGCCCCCCAAGGCUGUAAAAUACAGCAUUUAGUUAUGCACAAAUGAGCCAAUAUAUUAAUCAACCUCGAUCCCCAUAAUAGAUAACAAAUGGACCAUCCACUAUGAGCGGUUCCCCUAAAGAACAGUUGCAGGAACUUAGGAAAAAUAAGUUAAUUCCAGUCAUUAAGCUAAACUUGAUUUCUUUAGAGAAUUUCUAGUCUGACAGUGCUAGUGUGUCUGAAGCGCGCAUCGUUAGGAAAGGAAUGAUUGCUUUGCAGCUCUUUCAGCUCUUGACAGCUCUGUGCAGACUGCGUGGCUGGAUAUAAGCUGAAAAUGGAGGGCUGAAUCUUUCAACAGCCAUUGCUGACCCUGUUCUGGAGGGCUGAAUCUUUCAACAGCCAUUGCUGACCCUGUUUUGGAGGGCUGAAUCUUUCAACAGCCAUUGCUGACCCUGUUCUGGAGGGCGCUUUCGUCUCUGGUGUUAUGAGACGGGUCUGGCUUUGCUCUGCAGCUGCAGCGCAGCCCAGUUGUAGCUAAUUCUAGUUGUUGCCUUGAUUUUAACUGAGCUUUAAUUUCUGGGGAAUCGUAACUUAGGACUGUCUGCUGGGUUUCCUUCACGCAGCUUUCGGCUUAAGAAUAUUGUUCUGCUUUGCAGAACUGUUAAUGCUGAAGUAAGGGUUCUUCAUCCUCCUCUUUUGAAUCCAGUAGCCGCUGAACCUACCGUCUGCUCCUCCGCCAUCUCCUCUUAGCACAGGCAAGUGCUGCCAGUUUUAUGAGGCUGUUUUUAGUUGAGACCAGGUUGGUUUUUUUGGGAAUGCAGGUAGGUUUGCACAUACUUGCAACACAUUAGAAACCAUGACUGGCUGUUUACUCAGACUCUCUGCCUUGUUUUGCCAUGCUGGAUGAGUAUCCUCGCAGCUGCUAGAUAUUUUUAGCUGGUCUGUACGUAUGCUUUAAUCACUUGAAGCUCUGUAUACUAUAAAUUAAUAAAAUGUUGUGUUUUGUUUUUUA